AUAAUUAAUCAAAAUAUAAAUAAAAAUGAAUUAAUCAUUAACAAUAAUAAACAUAUAUUUAAUAAUAAUAAAAAUAAUAACAUUACCGAUAACAGUAAUAAUACUAUUACGUUCAAUAAUAACAAAUAUUACUCAACAACAAAGAAUAAUAAUAAUAUCAAUAUUUUAAAUGAAUUUUCAUUCAAGGUCGAAAAAGAAGUUAGAAAAGGUGAUGCAUUAACAGAAGAUACAAAAAAUUUAAAGAAUAUGAAUUUGGCCGUAAAAUGCUAUGAAGAUGCAUUGGCAUUAACUAGAGAUAGAAUUGAAAGGGCUUCAAUCCAUCAUAGAAUUGCAUUGGUUAAAUAUAGAAUUGGUUUGAUUACAGAUGCAAAAAAUUCAUUAGAUCUAUCAUUAAAAUUGUUUACCAAUGGUGCUGGAGACUCCAUUAGAGGCGAAAUCGAAAACAGUGAAGAUGCAUCAGCAUAUCCCAAAGAACUCUAUAAGGUUUAUUGUUUAAAGUCGAUUAUUCAAGAAAAAGAAUUUGAUUUAAAGAAUGACCCAGAGUCGUUAAUAUCUCAAAAGAUUUUAGAGAAUGCUCUAGAUCUAUGGAAGUUUGUUAUAGUUUUAAAUCCAAAUGCACCCGAUGGCUACACUGGUGUAUCCAGAUGUAUUCUCAAACAAUUGCAACCAGACCUAUUAGCAUGUUUCAAUCUAUCAAACAAAGCAUUAAUGUGUUCUAAAACUCAUCCACCAAGUUUACUAUUGGCUUCUGAAAUGCUAAUCAUUCAAAACAAAGAAGCAAUUGCCUCGGUGAUUCUUUCACUAUUCUUCAAGCAUUACAAAGAAUUUUAUCAAAAUUCGUUACUCUACACAUUAAGACCCAAAGAAUUGGUUGAUGCUCAUUUUAGAUAUGGUUUAACUUUAUUAAAAGAUGGAAAGUUUUCAAAAGCAUUGGAGGAAUUUACCCACAGUGUCGAAAUAUCAAAAUCAAAUAUCGGUCACCCAAAUCAAAUGAACAUUUUAAUGAUCAAUGCCCUAUUGGAAAAAGAAAGAAUGCAAUUUGAAAAUAAUUACAACUAUAACAAUUUAAAGAUGUUUUCAGAGCAAGAAAAACAACAGCAACAAAACUUAAUAGAACAACAUGGUUUAGUAGCAGAUUAUAAUCCAAAAAGUAUGGGUAUUGUACCAACUGAAGAUUUUAAAUUCAAUUACAAUGAUUGUAGCAUAUUAGACAUCAUAUCAGGUCAUUAUUUCCGUGGUAAAACAAACUUUCAACUAAAAAGAUAUACCGAAGCAAUUUUAGAUUUCGACUAUGUCAUUGAAAAACAACCCAGCCAAAUCAAAGCAUUCAAAGAAAGAGCAGAGUGUUAUAAAGCAUUAGGUGACUUUGUUACUUAUCAAAAAGAUAUUAAAGUCUAUAAUUCACAUCAAGAAUUAAUAAAGAAAAGAAAAGAAGCCCAUUUUGAAGACUAUUUAGAUGAAUCGAAACAGAAAAAAGACUAUUUACAAUCAUUCGAGGGUAGAGAAGAGGAAGAAGACGAUUACAGCGAAGAUUACGAAGAUGACAAUUACGAUGGUAAUGAAGAGGAUAAUGGUGGUAACCAUGAAGAUUAUGAAGAGUUUGAAGAUAGUCGUUAUAAGAAA